AUGUCCUCGUCAAGAAUCCGGUUAAAUCAUGAUGCCUACAGGGUCGGCUGGAUCAGCGCCUUGCCGCUCGAGAAGACCGCCGCGAUUGCGAUGCUCGACGCUGACCAUGCCUCGCUUCCCCAGCCGAAAAGUGACAACAACACCUACCACCUCGGCGAGAUUAGCGACCAUAACAUCGUGAUUGCUUGUCUGCCCAGUGGAAGGUACGGCCUUACGUCUGCUGCUGUUGUUUCCCAGCAGAUGCUGUCGACUUUUCCAUCAAUUGAGAUCGGACUGAUGGUCGGGAUCGGCGGAGGGGUACCCAGCACUGCGGCUGAUAUUCGCCUGGGGGAUAUCGUCGUCAGUAAGCCCACUGGUUUGUUCCCUGGGGUCGUGCAGUACGACUAUGGAAAGACGAUGGGCGAUGGAUCUUUUCAUCGAACCGGAUCUUUGAACAAUCCGCCAGACCGGCUAUUGACUGCCAUUUCUGACCUGGAAGCAAGGCAUCGCCUUGGGAAUAACAACAUCACACUUCACCUUGAAAAUGCUACAAAGCUGCAUUCGUCCGUGAGGGAGUCGUUUAUUUAUCCAGCCGUUGGCGAAGAUAUCCUAUUUGAUGCGUCGUACGUUCAUGAAGAUGAUAAGCCAUCGUGCAGUUCAUGCGACCCCAGUCACAUCGUUUCACGACCCCCAAGAGAAUCCACUACACCGUUUAUACACUACGGCCUUAUCGCUUCUGCAAAUCAGGUCAUGAAGAAUGCACGAACUCGCGAUAAACUUGGCGAGGACCUUGGGAUCCUGUGUUUCGAGAUGGAAGCUGCAGGACUCAUGAAUCACUUCCCUUGUCUAGUCAUAAGAGGGAUCUGCGACUACUCGGAUUCUCACAAGAAUAAGCAGUGGCAGGACUAUGCAGCUGCGACUGCUGCAGCGUAUGCACGAGAGCUGCUCGAAUCCUCGCUUCCCACCACGCUCCUUCCGUCGGCGAGCGACGGCGUUCGAAUCCGGUCGAAGAUUCCCAUCUCAAAAUCCGUAUUCUUCGGGCGGAAGGAGGAGCUGCGUCAACUCCAGGACUCGUUUGAUGUUGAGACGCAUACAAGACAGGCCGCCGUUAUCUGGGGCCCCAGCGGCUAUGGCAAGACCCAGUUGGCGCUUGAAUAUCUCUCGUCAAGGGAGAUGGACUACGAGGUGAUUUUGUGGAUUGACAGUUCCUCGCGGACCAUGGUAGAAGAGUCCUUCGAACAGAUAUCUCUGUAUCUAGAGUCGGGGGCAAAGCGCUUGAAUUCCGGCAUUGACAGGGUCAUUCAAUGGCUAGAACGAGAGACUCGAUCCUGGAUCAUCGUUUUCGAUGGAGUUGAGAGCAUGGGAGAUGAUGAUAAGGUCGAAGAUCUUGACAUACGGGACUAUUUUCCAGCGUCUAAGCGUGGCCAUCUACUCCUGGUCACUACCUCGCCGGACUUACACCUACACCUAUCCUAUCCAGGGAUUGAGAUCCAGGGCGUCGAUGACCAGACGGGAGCUAGUAUCCUACUGAAGUGCGCGGGAAUAGCAUCCGAGCAGACAUCAAACAGCACCGCAGGGAUGGCCAUAUCGCGCAAGCUCGGUGGCAUCCCUCUUGCCAUCGAACAGGCUGGGUCUUACUUGUCCUACGGAAUGAGUUCAGUGACCGAUUACAAGAAGCACUUUGAGACACGAUUCAGGGACUGCACGCUGAAGACUCCGAUGAGAAAGUACGUGGGGUCAUAUGAAAAGGGCCGUGCUCUUUGGACGACGUUCGAUAUGCUUUACCAUGCUCUACAACAAAAAAGCACAGGGUCUGCACGUUUGCUUCAGCUUGUCGCCUUCCUUGGCCGAGGGCGCAUCCCAUUUGGGAUAAUAAGCGGGGAUCAAGAAGGCCCUGUUCAGCCUGCUUCUGAACAGUCCAAACCUGACUAUCUAGCGAAUGAGCAACUGUCGUUAAUCGCGCCUUGGCUGAUGGAGAUACGCUCCAAGACAAUUGAACUAGCGAUGGCGGUACGACAAGUGGAGGUAUCUGGAUUUGUCAAGUUCCACAGGAGGGAAGGUGACACCCUGAUUGAAAGUCUCACGCUUCACGAUUUGGCCCGGUCGUUUUUACAGUCCAAGAUAUCACAGGAGGAUAGACUAGACAUGGUAGCUUCCUCCUUCCUGCUCAACGGACGGCAACUCUAUGAUGGGGAACAGGUGCCAGAAGAAGACAUCAUCCGUAGACAUAUGGGUAGACUCUCGGUGGUCUUGGAUCAAUUCCAAGUACUCAUCCCCAACUCCAUGUUGCAACCACCGGAUGGGAGAUUCUUCCAGCUCUGCGGCGCCGUUGCGCCACUCUUUGCGAGAGUGUUCCGCUAUCGUGAACAGCUGAAACAGGCUGCGCAGUUCUGGGACAUAGCCAUCCAGCAUAGGGCCCUAUCCGUGGAAGGGGUACCGCACCUGGAAGGCCUCAUGGAGGCCGCGGAAAUAGAUUCCAGAAUAGGAGAUCUUGAAGGUGCAAUCCGCAAAUACUCCACAAUUGUCUCACUUUGUGCGUCCGACAAUUUUGCAGGCGAUAAUAUUUACAUCAGAGCCGCUGGCCGUCUGAGAGAAUGUCGUGAAAGCCUCCGAAGGCGCGAGCAAGAUUCUGUCCGCGCGGUCGUCGCGACGUCUGCUCCAAAAAGGAUGCGACAGACCGCCUCCGAUGCGGGUGGAGCGAGGGACCGGAAUCAGCAGACUUCGGAAGAAUAUAUACAGGAUGAAGAAGAUGAGGAAUGGCUUCAUCGCUCUGACUUUGAGGAAAUAAUACAUCUAGAUGGCCCGGGUGCAGCAAUGGCCCUUGCGUACAUGGUGUCUACGCUACGUAUUUACUAUAAUUACUACCGUGCGCAACCUCGGCGGCCCAUGGAUGACGGGAAGUAUUGGGGGAUUUUUAGGCAGGCCCUUGGCGACGAUUCCGUGGCACGCAAAUCAUUUCUUGCGGUCCCAUAUGCAAGUCGUAUAACUGCCACCCCAGCGGUCACAAUAGUCAAGGACUUGAACUUUGCACGGUCCUGGGCGACAACAUUCGGGUCAACUGCUUUGAAUGACUGGCUUUCAUCAGAUCACGGGCCUGCCAACUUCAAUUCUCUUGCACAGGGGCAAACCAGUAUGAUAGAUAUGCUGGUGCAAGCCAAUGAGCCGCAUACAGCUUUGUGUUGGGCUGUCCUACAACCCCCUACGAUCUGUAGCGAAAUCUUGCACGGCUUGAUGGCGAUCAAAGACUUUAACCCCGGCCGUCUUCUUUUGGAGGUCAUGAGGCGACCUGGCAGCAGAACUGCGAUUCAGGUUAUGCUCAACCUGGGUGUGAGCGUCAACUACCCGGACUAUAUCAAAAAUGCGGCACUUCUUUGUGCUGCAAGUGCGGAUAAUCGAGCUGCGGUCGCCGACCUUCUUUCUGGAGGCUCAAACAUCUGUCAUAGGAACGCUACCGGUGACACGGCCCUCCAUAUCGCCGCACGAGCAGGAAAUAACGCAGCUAUUAGGCCCCUAUUGCGUAAAGGAGCGGUGGUCUCGCAGACCAACGAUGCUGGCAGGACAGCGCUACAUGAAGCAGUAGCUGCUGAGGAAUAUAGGACAGCUCGAAUUCUCCUACGCCGUGGAAGCAGCGUCAAGGGAACUGACAAUGACGGACAAACAGCCCUACACAUCGCUGUUCAGGGGAAUAUGGAACCACACUCGCUGAUACUUAAUAUGUUGUUCGAUUACGGUGCCUCGAUCACACAGCAGGACAAUAAUGGCAGGACGGCGCUACAUUACGCGGCUGCAAAACACCCACAACGCAUUGACAUGGUGCGACUGUUAAUCCAGCGUCACUUUAAACAGCAAGGCCGGAUUCAGCAAUUUCUUGGGACAUCAACGAAGAAAGUCAUAAAUAUGCGCGAUAGGGACGGCCGGACAGCCGUUCACGAAGCGCAGAGGGCUGGAAACAUGGCUAUUUCGUUGAUACUGGAGGGGAAUCCUUUUACAUGA